GGCGAUCGUUUGAAUUCGUUUGGAAACCCGAGAACCCAGAGAAUUUAAAGGAGUGAAGAUCCAGAAUUAUGGACAGCAAGCAGCCUCCGCCGUACAGUGAGCAAGCCGGAUUCACGCCCGCACAAACCUAUCAACCAGGAGGACCCACCCAACCACCACUAUACCCACCGAUGCCACGACCACCCCAGACUUCCACGGUGAUCAUCCAGACCACGACGACCUCCAAUCUGGUGCCUAUCGGCUGUGGACCCAGCCGCAUCCGUUGUCCAUCCUGCCACGCCGAAGUAUUGACCACGGUACGGAGUACUCCGUCCGGAAGGACACACUUUUGGGCCCUCAUGCUGUGUCUGUUCCUCUGCUGGCCAUGCGUUUGCCUUCCGUACUGCAUGAAUUCCUGCCAAAAUGACAACCACUACUGUCCCAACUGCAGUGCCUAUAUCGGCACCUACGAGAACUAAUUAACUACUUAUUUAUAUCUACCACAAAGAAUUUAAUUGUAAAAAUGAGAGAUUAAAACAGGAAAUGCGAUAGGGUAAUAUUAUAUUAUUAUUUAUCGCAUAAAAUAGAAUUUAUAAUAUUUUAUUUAACAUUUUUUAAUUUAAUUCAAUCUAUAAGAAUUAUGAUAAUGUGAUAAUCAGUAUAUUUAUAACGCGUAGCCAUGUUUACCCGUAAAUAAAUGAAUUAUUGUUCUUGCAAAAGAA